AUGUUGGCAACCGGAGCUCGAACUGACAGCCCGAGUCGGCUGGGCUUCACGUGUGGCGGAACUCGGAUCUUUCGCUUGCCGGUUGCCCGGGACUUCGAGAGCGUCGCCCCCGCAGUUCUUGGGGUGAGCUCCACGCGGCCACGACAUGGUAAGCGAGCCUUCCUUGUCCCUUGUCCUUGUCGGCGGGUCCCCCAGGCCCUGGCCAGGCGGGUGGUCUCUGCGGCCCGGGACUGGAGGACCCCUCCCGCCGCACUGCCAGUCCAGAAGUGCGGGCAGGCUGCGCGGCCGCAGGGUGCCCCUCCUCACAGAAAGAAAAAGCCCUUUAUAGAGAAGAAGAAGGCUGUGACUUUUCACUUGGUCCAUCGGAGCCAAAGAGAUCCGUUAGCUGCAGAUGAGACUGCUCCUCAGAGGGUCCUGUUGCCGACACAGAAGGUAAAUGAUGAAGAAAGGCGAGCAGAACAGAGGAAGUAUGGUGUGUUCUUUGAUGAUGACUAUGACUACCUGCAGCACUUAAAAGAACCUUCUGGGCCCUCAGAGCUCAUUCCCGCCAGCAGCUUCAGUGCACACAGCAGGAGAGAGGAUGCGGAAGAAACACUGAUUCCGAGUACUGGAAUUAAGUUGCCAUCAUCCGUGUUCGCGUCAGACUUUGAGGAAGAUGUUGGAUUGUUAAAUAAAGCAGCUCCUGUUUCAGGACCCAGACUGGAUUUUGAUCCUGACAUUGUCGCAGCUCUUGAUGAUGAUUUUGACUUUGAUAAUCCGGAUAAUCAGCUUGAAGAUGAUUUUAUUCUUAAGGCCAAUGGGCCUGCAGGCGGAGCGGAAGGAGUAGUUGGUACACAUAAAUGUGAGGCUGAAGAUGACAGCGAAUGGGAAGAUAUGGAUGAAGAGAAGAACUCUGGUAGCGGCAGUGUGGACUAUGACUCAGAAGACCUGCUGUCAGAUGAAGAUGAUAGUUUUGUCCCAGGCAGACCUCAUAGAGCUGAAGAAAACUACUUGUUCUGGGAAGAGGAAACAAAAAGUCGCUUCACUGAGUAUUCCAUGACUUCCUCGGUCAUGAGGAGAAAUGAGCAGCUGACCCUGCACGAUGACAGGUUUGAGAAGUUCUAUGAGCAGUAUGAUGAUGAUGAGAUUGGAGCUUUGGAUAAUGUUGAACUGGAAGGUUCCAUUCAAGUGGACAGCAGUCGGUUACAGGAGCUUUUGAAUGACUACUAUAAGGAGAAGGCAGAGGAUUGUGUAAAACUGAAUACUCUGGAACCCUUUGAAGACCACAACCUGCUAAUGAAUGAGAUCAGUGAGUCUGAGGAAGAAGAGAUUGUCACCGUAGUUCUUGAGGAAGUCAAGGAGAAGUGGGACUGUGAAUCUAUCUGUAGCACAUACUCUAAUUUAUACAACCAUCCACAGCUUAUCAAAGAUCAACCUAAGCCCAAACAAAUCCAGUUAUCUUCUAAAACAGGAAUACCUCUCAAUGUCUUACCUAAGAAAGGGCUCACAGCAAAGCAAGUGGAGCGAAUGCAGAUGAUUAAUGGCAGUGAUCUGCCUAAGGUGUCAACCCAGCCGCGUUCUAGAAAUGAAAGCAAGGACGAUAAAAGAGCAAGGAAGCAAGCUAUAAAAGAAGAGCGCAAGGAACGGCGCAUGGAGAAGAAAGCCAACAAGCUAGCCUUCAAACUGGAAAAACGAAGACAGGAAAAGGAGCUGCAGAACUUGAAGAGGAAUGUCGAGGGUCUAAAGCUGUGA